AUGAUCAGAAAUCCUCGAAGAACCAUCGAUUUUCGCAACAACAGACGUAGUCGAGAUGAACCAACUGUUAGUGGUAGUGAGUUAGCCUAACUAUUUUUGAAAAUUAAAAAACUUGUUGGAAAAAUGCCAUUUUCAGUGUGUCGAAAUUGCCACGGUUGUCACGACAAACAAAAAUGUCCAAAGACCUACAAAACCAUCGAAAUCUGCUCGAAUUGCAACAAAGGUCGACACGAAAUUCAGCAUUGUAGUAGGCCGUUGAGAUAUGUGUCGAAAGCUGGAAAAGACUAUUUCAAACCGUUUGUUUAUGGAAAUGAUGAGAUGUAUGAAGAGCAUGAUGAGAAAAAUGUGAGUUUUUUGGAUUUCGCGCCAAAAAAUUGAGAAAUUCAAAUUUUUUGGCGCGAAAGUUUUGAAUUUCAAAUUUUCCCGCCAAAAAUUUGAUUAAAAAACAUCGAAAAUUCCCAUUCUACACCAAAAUCUACGCAAAAAUGCACAUAUUCAUGAAAAAUGUGCGUUUUUGCGUUUUUUUUGGAUUUCACGGAAAAUUGCAGAAUUUCUGAAUCUGUUUGAAAAGAUUUUCAAAUUUUCGCGCCAAAAAUCCGAAAUUCUCGAUUUUUGGCGGGAAAAAAUUGAAUUUCAAAAAUUUGGAUAAAAAUUCUAUUUUUUGAAUUUCAAAUUUUCCCGCCAAAAAUUUGAUAAAAAACAUCGAAAAUAUCCAUUCUACACCAAAAUCUACGCAAAAAUGCACAGAUUCAUGAAAAAUCUGUGCAUUUCGACUUUUUUAAUCAAAUUUUUGGCGGGAAAAUAUGAAAUUCAAAAAUUUGGUUUAGAAAAUUUAAUUUUUUGAAAUUCAAAUUUUCCCGCCAAAAAUUUGAUUAAAAAACAUUGAAAAUUCCCAUUCUACACCAAAAUCUACGCAAAAAUGCACAGAUUAAUAAAAAAAAUUUGCAUUUUUGCGUUAUGACGUGGCAAACUUCAAAAAUUUUUGAAAAGUCGGGAUUUCGGGAGCCGAAAAAACUCAAUUUAGACUGAAAGUUGAGGUUUUCGAGCUCAAAAUGAUCGUUUGGAGCUGAAAAAUCGGAUUUUUGUGAGGUUUAGACGUUCAAAAUCAUUUUUAGCCCAAAUUUUCAUGAUUUUUCAGAAUUUUUGCGCUCAAAUCUACCCUUUUUGUGAAAUUUGAGCUGAAAUUUACAUUUUAAAGCUGAAAAUAAUGUUGCAGACUGAAAUUUUGUGAUUUUUGUGAACGUUAAACCUUCAAAAUCAUUUCAAGUUCAAAAAAUCAUGAUUUUCAGCUUUUUUGGGCUCAAAAAGCUGAAAAUCAUCAUGUUCCAGAUUAUUGAAUGAACCUUCUGAACUCAAGAUCUUCCCGAAAUCCCGAUUUUUCCAAUAUUUCCCAACUCUGCCACGUCAUAACUCUUUCCAGGUUGUUCCAGUUCAAAAUGUUCAAUUCGACAAACCUGCAGCCAACAAAAAACAAAUCAUUGUUCUGGAACAUUUUCAACGAUUCGAUAGUUUUGGAAAAGUUAUCACAAGUUAUCAGAAAUUCGAAAAAGUCGAGAUUCCGCGAGAAUCGAAUGAGGUGAUUUUUGUUGAAUGCGAUGAUUGA